GUCAUGUUGAAAUUCAUCCUGCUGGUAAACAAGCAGGGCCAGACGCGCCUGGCACAGUACUAUGAACACCCUGAACACGAUCGUGUGUCUGUGGAGAGGGACAUCAUCAGGAAGUGUCUGGCCAGGGAAGAUAAUCAGUGCUCCUUCUUAGAAUACAAGAACUUCAAGUUGGUCUACAGGAGAUACGCUUCCCUGUACUUCAUCGUGGGAGUGGACCACACUGAGAAUGAACUUGCCAUCUUGGAACUCAUCCACAACAUUGUGGAGACGUAUGACAAGUAUUUUGACAAAGUCUGUGAACUGGACAUCAUGUUCAAUCUGGACAAGGCCUACAUGAUUCUGGAGGAGAUGGUGAUGAACGGGAGGAUAGUCGAGAUGAAUCAAAACCGCAUCCUCUUACCCAUCAGAGUAAUGGACCAGGCAACACAAUGAGGAAUAGGAAAGGAAAGGACCAAUGUUUUCCAGUUACCCGACCUAUCCCAGCAAAAACCUACCAACCCUUGCCUUUUUUCAGUAAUGGCCACCUGCAAGGGACAGGAAAUUGUUGAUGUUGCAUGUCAGUGACAAAAUUCAAAACCGACCUGAAUUUCACUCAUUUUAGGACUUUAGGAGAUAAUGUAAGAAUUUUUAAUGAAGAUUGUACAUCUUUGUUCAGUUUAUCAAUAGUGGUGCUUGUACAAUGUAUCUUUUGUAUAUAUGAAAUUAUGAAUUUGAAAAUAUAUGUAAAUGUAUCCGUGUUUGAUGCAUUUCAGUUUUACAUUGCUAAAAUGUAUUUGUUGAUCACUUCAGCAGAAACCUACAAAAAAUAGAAUAAAGAGAAGAGAAUCCCUACUUAU